UCAACCUGAUAGCGCUGACGUCGAAAGGGGCGGGAGUGGAGAGAGUGCGCGCGCGCGUCGCGCGGCUUUCCGUUACCGCUGGCGCGCGCGCGUGUAGCAAGCGUGAAGGGUCGCGCGCGGGGGAAGCGAAGUCGCGAGACCGAGAGCAGCGCGAAGCAGUUUCCCGCUUUGCCCUUCGGCCCGAACCGCGAACGCGAGGCGGAGGCGCCAUCGUAGCCCCCACCGGCCGCGGAGAGAGGCUCCGCCCGGACCCGUAAGGGGGAGCGAGCGCAGCAUCGGGCCCGAAGCGCUGUAGGCCGCUGUCGGCGGAGCUCACACAGACUCCGCCGGCUCGGCCGGGCCUCGCGCGCUCAGGAUGUCGGCGCAGGCCCAGAUGCGCGCCAUGCUGGACCAACUCAUGGGCACGUCCCGGGACGGGGACACUACUCGUCAGCGAAUCAAAUUCAGUGAUGACCGAGUGUGCAAGAGCCACCUCCUAAACUGCUGCCCUCAUGAUGUCCUCUCUGGAACUAGGAUGGACCUUGGAGAAUGUCUGAAGGUGCAUGACCUGGCAUUAAGAGCAGAUUAUGAAAUUGCAUCCAAAGAACAAGACUUUUUCUUUGAGCUUGAUGCAAUGGAUCACCUGCAGUCAUUCAUUGCUGACUGUGACAGAAGAACUGAAGUGGCUAAGAAAAGACUAGCAGAAACCCAAGAAGAGAUCAGUGCUGAAGUUGCAGCUAAAGCUGAACGAGUUCAUGAAUUGAAUGAAGAAAUUGGGAAGCUAUUGGCCAAAGUAGAACAGCUGGGAGCUGAUGGAAAUGUGGAGGAGUCCCAGAAAGUAAUGGAUGAAGUGGAGAAAGCCAGGGCAAAGAAGAGAGAAGCAGAGGAAGUGUACAGGAAUUCAAUGCCUGCCUCCAGCUUUCAGCAGCAGAAGCUCCGUGUUUGUGAAGUGUGUUCUGCCUACCUUGGUCUUCAUGAUAACGACCGACGACUUGCUGACCACUUUGGAGGAAAACUGCACUUAGGGUUUAUUGAAAUAAGGGAGAAACUUGAGGAGCUCAGGAGGGUUGUGGCUGAUAAACAGGAAAAACGAAAUCAGGAACGCCUGAAACGCAGAGAAGAGAGGGAGAAAGAAGAAAGGGAGAAGCUAAGGAGGUCCAGAUCCCAUAGCAAGAAUCCCAGAAGAUCUAGGUCUCGAGAUCGCCGCAGACAUCGAUCUCGCUCUGCCUCCCGGGAGCGAAAGAGAAGAACUCGCUCCAAAUCCCGUGAGAAACGCCACCGUCACAGGUCUCGCUCCAGCAGUCGCAGCAGGAGCCGCAGCCAUCAGAGAAGCAGGCAUAGUUCCAGGGACAGGAGCAGAGAGCGCAAAAAAACGAUCCUCAAAAGAAAGAUCUUCCAGAGACAAAGAACGGUCAAGAGAUCAUGACAGAACAUCACGUGACAAAGACAGGAGCUCAAGAGAGAGGUCACCCCGAGAUAACAAAGACAGGAAACGUUCAUAUGAAAGUGCUAAUGGCCGAUCAGAAGACCGGAGGAGCUCAGAGGAGCGCGAAGCAGGGGAGAUAUAACUGCUGUACAGUCACCGGAUCCUCUAGCUUCCUAUGGAGUUGCAUACUAUGGUUUAGUUUACAGUUGUUCAAAGGGACACCAGUGAGCAGUUCCAGACACUGAUCCAACUAGGGUAGAUGUACAGUAUAUAAAAGUGGUUAUAACUAAGUCUGAAUUGAACCCCUUCAAUUGAUGAUGCCUAAAGCUGUGUCCUUGACUUUGACCAAGCUGUAAAACUUCUCUGAACGAUUUCUCUUUAUCCAGGAUGACAGUUUUAUGUACCAAGGUGCAGCUCUCACUGUUUUACUCUCCUUUCCAAAGCAAGUUAAAUAGUGACAAAUUAUAUUGUACUACUUGCCUUGGGUGCUCUCAAACCUUUAUAAAAUUCUCUAAUUCUGGUCCAGUCCAAACAGCAGCAUUGAACGCUUUUUUAAGAGGGCGGGUGGGUACUAAACUUUUAUUCUAAGGUUGUUUCCCAAUGAUUGUAUGGGAACCUAGGAGUUGGUUACAGUCAGAGCAUUUAGACUGGAAUAUGUGCCAGAGAAAGCUGAAAUGUCGUUUUUUACAGUGCCUAUUUAGACUGGGGAAUUGAACAGCUGUUGCAUUACAUCUUUUUUUAUUUUUAUUGAAAUUUUGAAAUCAAAGCCAGUCCCAUCUUUCUGUACCAUUCGGUAUGUGUUCAGUAUAUUUGGGUUUUUUUCCAUAAGGACUUUUUCUGCUUUUUCUUGUGGGAUGUAAGCUGUACAUCCUUAAUUGUAAAAAUAAAUAAAUAAAAUAAAAAAAUUAAAAAUAAA